AUGUCUCAAUUCCUCAUUGUGCGACCUUCUAUAUCCAUCCGCGCCAUCACAAGAAGCUCCAAACUCACGCCCGCCGCCCUCACUCAUUCCAAACAGACCAUCCACCCAUUAGUCCCCUUCCACCACCACCACCACCAACACCGCACCUUGAUCCCCUCACCAGCCCCCCAAACAUCCCUCUCCCCAGGCCCGCACUUCACAAUGGCCUCCUCCCUCCCGCACACCAUGAACGGCAUCCAAAUCCCCCGCACCGGCGGCCCAGAAGUCCUAGACCACCGCACCGACCUCGCCCUCCCCACCCUCGCGGAGGGCCAGGUCCUCGUCCGCAACGAGUACGCCGGCAUAAACUACAUUGACACCUACUUCCGCACCGGCCUCUACAAGGCGCCCCUCCCCAUCACCCCAGGCCGCGAAGGCGCCGGCACCGUAGUGAAAGCCCACCCCUCCGUCGCCGGCUUCCGCGAGGGCGACCGGGUCGUCUACAUGGGGCCCUUUGGCGCCUACGCCGCCUACUCCGCCGUUAACGCCGCCCAGCUCCUCCGCAUCCCCGACGCCCUGUCCACAGACGUUGCCGCCGCCGCCCUCCUGCAGGGUCUCACAGCCUGGACCUUUAUCCGCGAGGCCGGCGAGGUGCAAAAGGGCGACUGGGUCCUCGUCCACGCCGCCGCGGGCGGCGUCGGCCUCCAGCUCGUGCAGAUGCUCCGCGCCGUCGGCGCAAAAGUCAUUGGCACCACGAGCAGCGACGAAAAGUGCGAACUGGCCAAGAAGAACGGCGCCGAGUGGAUCGUCAACUCGCGCUCGCAGGACCUCGUGGCGGAGGUUAGCAAGAUCACCGGCGGGCACGGCGUCGAUGUCAUCUUUGAUGGUGUCGGUAAGGCCACGUUUGAUAGCGACUUGGAGAUGGCGGCGCGCAAGGGGAGAUUGGUCGUAUUUGGCAACGCGUCUGGAGCUGUUCCUCCUUUCGACAUCCUCAAGCUGGGUCCCAAGAACCUCAAGGUCAUGCGACCCAUUGUCAACAACUACACCGCGACCAGGGAGGAGCUGGAAAAAUACAGCACGGAGCUCUUCGACAUGAUUACCUCGGGCAAGGUGGAGGUCGCCAUCCACAAGGCAUACCCGCUCCAGGACGUCAAGACGGCGCAUGAAGAUCUCGAGAGCCGCAAGACGACGGGCAAGCUCAUCCUCAAGAUUGAUUAA